AUGAAGUUGAGGCUAGUAACCUGCAAAUUCUGCGAUCGACUUUAUUCAUGUCACUCGCUGCCUUUGCAUGAGCCUAAAUGCCAGGAAAAUCCAAAUGCUCGAAUUCACACCGAGGAAGUUGGCACGAAGAAAUUGAAAUCUACUCGACCUAGAACGCAGUCGUUGUCACGAUCUGAUGGAGUUGAAUACCGGAUCUGCUUCGUAUGUGGUAAGAGUUUCGAUGAGGACGAAGUGGCCAAACAUGAACGACGCUGUCUCAAAGAUUACAAGCAAGAAUGCGAACGACUCGACAAGCGAUUCGUGUCAAGACCACCUGAACCGUUGACGAUUCCUACUGUGGAUGGAACUUACGAUGCACAUCGGCUCAACGAGCAUGCAAAACAACAAGCGGAAAAAGCACAGCUGCUUCGAUGUCGAAAAUGCUACGCAAAGGUGGCGUUGAGGGAGGCUGAUGAUCAUAAUUGUGGUAGAUUUGAUCCUCCUGUUGAGUUUUACUUCUAA